GUUCAGAUGCACCAACCGCUGGUCAACGUCCGUGUCCAUCAUCCGCCGGAAGCCUCUGUGAAGGUCCACCGGAUUGAUAGCCUCAGCUCGGAGGGGAGUGGGCCAGGGGGAGGCCACCAUCUAAUCCAGCACCCGGCUCCAAAACCGGCCUACACUCGUCCUCCAACCCAGAAACCCCUGGGGCGCUGUUUCCAAGAGACGCUGCCCAAGCAGUCGUGUGGGAGCAACCCACUUCCGGGUUUGACGAAGCAGGAAGAUUGCUGCGGCAGCAUUGGCACCUCCUGGGGCCAAACCAAAUGCCACAAAUGCCCCCACCUGCAGUAUUCGGGUGUGCAAAAGACAAUGGGGAGCGAUUGUCCUCAAGGAUACAAGCGACUCAACAGCACUCACUGUCAGGACAUCAAUGAGUGUGCCAUGCAAGGCGUGUGCCAAGGAGGAGAGUGUUUGAACACCCAAGGAAGCUUCCGUUGCGCGUGUAAACCGGGGCAGGUUUUGGGACCUUCGCGCACCCACUGUGUGGGUAUGUAUCUCAAGAGGUUGGG